UUUGGCAUUAUCAGAUAAUUCGUUCCACAUUUCAGUCGGCGUUAAACUUUCUAGAGUACAGAUAUAUAAGUAUAGUUUUUCUUAAAACAAAUCGAAAUCCAAAAAUCUGUAAAUAAAAUUUUUUGGUCAACGUUUUUUUUUUUGCAUUUUUGUGUUCCUUUUUCUAGUCAAAAUCUAAAGAAAAAAACUCGUAUUUUUUUUUGUUUCCUUUGCAUUUGCUUUGAGUCCAUCUAUUCAAUCAAAAUGUCUGAGAAUAAUAAUGGAGCUGUGUCCGGACUGCUGAACGUCCUUCUUUGCGGCGCUAGUGGCUAUGGAUGCUAUAUGAUUAAGCCAGGAGAGCAUCCGUAUGCGUUUACGGGUUGCGUGGUUGGCCUAUGUCAUGGAUUGCUGGGACUGGUGAACUGCUUCUCGGACGAUAGUAAUGUGAACAAUGCCAAGGAGAAGAGCACAUCCUUUAUGGAAAUAGUGCCAUUGCCACUGAUCAAUGUGGAUCUCUAUUUUGGCAGCGCGAGUAACAAUCUGGCUCUGGGCCAUGGACUAUUCAUUGUGCCGAUGGCUGUGAGUGCUCUGCUUGGACUCUUCAAGGACGAGAGCGAGGGCCAAGGCGAGGCAGUUGAGACCCUCAAGACACUAACCAUAUUGGGUAACAUAACUGCUUUGCUCUAUUUGGCCAUCAAUGACGGCAGCUGGAACCUGGGUGGAAUGGCCUUCUUGGCAUUCUUGGCCAAAUUUGGCGCCCAAUAUGGUGAGGAACAGAGUCAAGGUGCUGGCGAGCCAAUAACAUAUCUAAGUUGGACUGGAUUCUAUAUUCUGGCCGCAAUGGCCGUAUCGGGUGAGAAGUAGUGUUGGGAUUUAUCUUCCCAACCCCCCCUAACCAUUAAUUUAUUCAUGAGUAAUUAUAUAAUGGCAAAUUAAUUUUGGACGAGAGCCAAAGAGUAUUAAGAAUAUUGGCUGUAUUAUGAUGAAAUUAAACGAAAGUGAUACUUAAGAAAAGAAA